AUGAAAAGAACAUGGACAAGGACCACGGGACUGCAGGUGGUGCAAAUUAAUUUGCACCACUGCGAAGCAGCCUCGGAGGACUUGAUGCUGUCCAUGGAAGAAGAGAAUAUAGACAUCGCCCUGAUACAAGAACCAUGGCUCGCAAGAGACAACAUUCAAGGACUCAGGGCGAAAGGAUAUGACCUGUUCUAUUCUCAAACAACAGGAACAGCCCAGCUCACAUCUGUAUACAUGCCGUAUGACCAAAAGGAAACUCCACCAGAAGCACUCCGAGAUCUAGUGAGGAAUAUCACAGACAAGAGCAGCCAGAUGGUGAUAGGAAGCGACACCAACGGACACCACGUCCAGUGGGGAAGCACGGACAUCAAUGAAAGAGGCAACGUGCCAACCCUUGCAAAUAGGAUAAAGGAGGAAGUAAUAGAUGUAACUCCUACCACAAUCUCGGACCUUAUCGCGAUUAAAAAUUGGAGGGUAUCCCUCAAAAACUCCUAUUCAGACCAUAGGAGAAUCCAUUUUGAAAUCAAUCGCGAUACCUCGGAAACUAGGACCUUUAGGAACCCAGAAAAGACAGAUUGGACGAAGUUCUCAGAGCUAGUGAAGGGAAAGCUAGGGACAUGGGCACAAACUCAGAUCUCGGCAAACCCAGCUCACGAAAACAUUGAGAACUCCGUUAAAUGGUUAGAGGAGGCGCUAGAGGGAGCCUUCCGAGAAGCAUGCCCCAUAAGAUACAGCCGCAAAAACAAAUACGAAAAUGGUAACGAUAGCUGGGAAAAGUACAAAACCAGUUUUAGAGAAUAUAAAGAAAAAAUUAGGUGCGCAAAGUGGGAAUCCAUAAAAAGUUUCAGCGAAUCCAUCAAGGACACACACGAGGCGUCUAGGUUCAGAAAGAUUCUCAAAAAGGACCCAACAGUUCUAAAGAGUAUCAGAAGACCGGACGACACGUGGACUGAAACCAGCGCAGAGACCCUUGAACUACUAAUGAACACCCACUUCCCAAGAUGCCACGAGGAGGAAUCUGAAUGCGUAAAAAUGCAACAAGAGACAGCCAACAUGGACAAAUGGGAGGUGCCGGAGAGAAUAGUUUCAAGGGAAAAAGUAACAUGGGCGGUCAAUACAUUCAACCCGUAUAAAUCGGCGGGAACGGACGCAGUAAUGCCAAUCAUGCUACAAAAAUCCUUAGACACGAUAAUCGAUCUAUUGGUAAAGAUUUACACUGAAUGUGUACUUCUAGGAUACUUACCAAGAAAAUGGAGAGAGAUGAGAGUGGCAUUUAUACCCAAAGCAGGAGUAGUAACAGGUCACUGUGCGGUCGGAGUCAAUGUCAAGAGAUGGGGAAAGACGAAAGACAACUUCUGUAGAGAAUGCUACGAAGAAGAAGAAACCAUAUCCCACCUGCUAUGUCAUUGCCCAGCCCUGGAAAGCAAAAGGCACAAUACGUUGGGCCACAGCUUCCUAGUGGAACUGGACGAGGCAGCAGGAAUGGAUAUUGGGAAGAUAACGAACUUUGCAAAAAGCUGGAAAUGCUUUCAGCAAAAGUAA